UGUGUGUGUGUGUGUGUGUGUGUGUGUGUGUUACAACACAGUGGUUUAUUAAUUUUUUUUCAAACCAAAAGUAGAACCCCACCACUUUCCAAUCCCGAAACCUCGAAACCCCUGUUCCACUCUCUGGCAAAACUCCACUGAAAGUUCUGUGACUUCUCUUUCCCUCCCGGUUUGUUUCACUCGCUGCUGCCGCUGCCGCUGUCUCCACUUACACUGUGACAUCACUGGAGUUUCCCUUCUGCUGAAUCGGCUGCCGCUGCAUAAAUACUACAGGCUCCUGCUUCAUUCUGACAGAAUAGCAACACAAAGAGAGGAGCACCACCACACUGCAGCCACUUUGAGACUCAUUAUCCAGCCAAGAGUUUUUACACUUUCCAAGAUGGCGAAUUACACAAGUGCACCGGCUGACGUGGAGUCGGGCCUGGUUGAGAAGACGGUGGUUCUGGUGGAGAAGCCCUCGUCCACUGGGUGGAUGGGCAAGGUGCUGGGGGGCCUGUUCAUCGUGGCCCUUUGUUUAGGAGGCGUCAUGAUGCUUUCUUUUUACUGGAACAGAUCUGAAAGCAUGCUGAAAUCAGGUCAAACAGCAGCUCUGACCAAGACGGAAGCCGAUGAGAAAACAGAUCACCACAAAACACUGAAGCAGAUCAGCAGCAAAGCCAAGGCCAUCCAUUUAGUAGGUAGCCACCAGGCAAAGACCAAGAGCUCCAAAGAGAAGCUGGAGUGGAAGUACAACGUAGGCCAAGCGUUCGCUCAGGGCGGCUUCGAACUGGUGGACAACCAGAUCAUCAUCCCAGAGACCGGCCUCUACUUCGUCUACAGCCAGGCGUCGUUCAGUGUCUCCUGCAGCGACGACGACGCCGAGGGCAAGGAUGCACGGGGGAGACUCACGUCUGUCAGCCACAGGAUUUGGCGGUACGCUGAAUCCAUGGGCGUCAAAGACUCCCUGAUGAGUGCGGUGAGGUCGGCGUGCCAUGUCGGCCCGACUCAGGAUAACGCCUUCAGAGACGGACAGGGCUGGUACAACGCCAUCUACCUGGGCGCCGUGUUCCGGCUGAACCAAGGAGACAAACUGUGGACGGAGACCAACAUGUUCGCGGAGCUGGAGACCGAAGACGGCAAGACCUUCUUCGGUGUGUUUGCACUUUAAAAAAAAGACUUCACAGACUUUAUUACUAUUCAUCUUCAGGGUGAAACGUCGAAAUCUCAAUUGAGAUCAAACUUAUUGAAGAUUUUUUUUUAAAUCCCUAUGAACUGUAACAGUUUGAAACCUUAUUUGAAUUUCAAGCACUUUUUGUUCUAUGUUAUUUAUGUUGACCUGAGAUUGUAGUGGACCAGACGUCCAGCAGGCUUACGAGGUUUACGCUCCUGACAAUAAUAUCUAUUACAAUCCGUAUUUAUUAAUAUUUAUUUAUAUUUAAAAUGGUGGGGUUAUGUGUUAAUUAUUAUAUUUAUAUGCUUUUUGUUCAAUUAAAUUUGAUUAAAAAGAAAGAGAAUUGUAA